UUCGUUUGUUUAUUUCAAUUUAGUUUAAAAAGAAUCGUCGUCAAAAGAACAAAGGAAAAUGAGAAUUUUACUCAGUAUAUUUUUAGUAUUUAUUUUUGCUACCGUAAUAUCUUGUUCGGUAAUUGUGGGUCGUAAUCAUUGCACUUAUGGACCCUCUUAUUGGUGCUCGAAUAUAACAAACGCAAAAAGCUGUGGUGCAGUUCGUCAUUGCAUUAAGGCAGUUUGGGAGAAGCAACAUGUCCCAGAAGAUAAUGAUUCAAUUUGUCAAAUAUGCCUUGAUAUGGUAAAGCAAGCAAGAGAUCAGCUUGAGAGCAAUGAAACAAUGGAAGAGAUUAGAGAAGUUUUUGACGGAUCUUGUGAUUUAAUUCCCAUUUCUAUUGUAAAGAAGGAAUGUAAACGAAUGGCAGAUGAUUUUAUACCUGAAUUGGUAGAAGCAUUAGCAUCACAAAUGAAUCCUCAGGUUGUUUGUUCAACGGCUGGACUUUGUAAUAAUGCGGCGAUUGAUAAAUUGUUGGAAGAAUAUGAAGCACAAAGGCAGUCCUUCAAUUGUGAUAAAUGUAAUGACGUUGGAGAUGCAAUCUCAAAUAAAUUCCAUACAUCAAGUCGCGAUCAAGUACUCGAUGGAUUUUUGUCAGCUUGCGGUCAUUUGUCAUCAUUUUCUGAUGCCUGCUCAAGCAUUGUUUUAACAUAUUUCGAUAAUAUUUAUGAUGAGCUGUCGAAAAACUUAAAAUCUGACAAUAUAUGCCACAUGAGCGGUGCAUGCUCAAGUAAAUAUCAUAAUCAUGACUCAAGCAAUAUUGAAAUUAAAACUCAAUCAAAUGUUGGCUUUAUUAAUAACAAGGAUGAUAUUCCAUGCGAGUUAUGUGAGCAACUAGUAAAGCAUUUGCGUGAUGUAUUAGUUGCAAAUACCACAGAACAAGAAUUCAAAUCAGUUCUUUUAGGCUUAUGCUCACAAACUAAAGGAUUCAAGGAAGAAUGCAAUACCAUUAUUAAUCAAUAUUAUGGAAUCAUUUAUGAGACAUUAGUAAAGAAUUUGGAUGCAAAUGGAGUGUGCUUCUUAAUUGGACUUUGUGAUAAGGGCAUUAAGACAAAUGGUCCAAAAAUGCCUUUGCUACCUUCAAAACAAGUUUAUUCACGAAAACGUCUUGGUCAAAAUGAAAAGGUCUUUACAAAUGCACAGAUUCAAUCAAUGGUAUUGCCUAUUGAUCAACUAAUGGGAGCAAAAUCAACACAGGACUUGAUUGACGGAGGCCAACAAUGUGCAAUUUGUACAUAUUUCCUUCAUUUUCUUCAAGAGGAACUAAGCAACGCAAAAAAUGAAGAUCAAAUUAAGGAAUUGGUCAAGAAAACUUGUUCGAAAUUUCCUAAGACUUUUCAGCCAAGUUGCGACAGUUUUGUCGAUUUGUAUGGUGAUGCUAUAAUUGCACUUUUGGUCCAGGAAAUCGACCCACGUGAUUUAUGUCCACAAUUGAAAUUAUGUCCAAGCAAUGUAAAUCAAGAUGAUGUUGAUAUAUUCUCACCAAACACAAUUAAUGUUGAAAUUAAUCAAAAAAGCGCACCAAGUUGUCCACUUUGUGAGCUAGUUGUGGCUCAAGCUCGACAAUUUAUUGAAAAUCCAAAGAGCAAAGAAUCAGCAAAAUCAGCUUUAUCAAAAGUUUGCAAACAUUUACCACCCAAGCCACAACUUCAAUGCAAUGAUUUUAUUCAGACAUAUUAUGAUGAGCUAAUUGAUAAGCUUUUAUCUGAUUUAACACCAAAAGGCGUCUGUUCUCUUUUAAAGUUAUGUCCAGGAAAGACUGAAAUCACAGAAGAUACUAUUAAAGUUGGAGUAGAAAAGGCUAAUUUCAUACCACAUAUUAUUGUCACAAAUGAAAUUCUCGACAACACAAUUGAUGGUCAAAUUGUCGAUACAGGUUCUGGAGAAUGUCUUUUGUGUACGUAUGUUGUCGGUGGUGCACAAUCAAAAAUAUCAAGAAGCAUGACAAAACAGCAAAUAGAAGAUGUUUUAUUGAGCGAAUGCUCUAAAUUCCAUCCUUAUCAGGGAAUAUGCGAUAAUUUUGUUGAAAAGAAUGUCGAUGAGAUUGUGGAUUUACUUUCGGAAGGAAUGACACCAAAACAAAUUUGUCAAAAAUUAUCACUUUGUGCAAUCGAAGACGAUUUAAAUAAUGAUGAGGAUGUAAUCAUUAAUAUUGUUGCUAUACCAGCAGUUCCAAUUAUUGGUCGUGUAACAUUGACAAAAGAUGAUACAGAGAUCUACGUUUAAAUUUGAUUCAUUGUGUAUGCUUUGUAAAUUUAUUAUUACAAAAUUAUAAAAAAGAAGUCAAAGCAUAUUCAAGAAGAAAUUAAGCAAGUAGUAGAAAAUAUUUGCAGUAAAAUACCAAAAUCCAAAUAACAAGACUAGUAAUGAAGCUAAUCAUACUUCAUUCGAAUAUUCACAUUAGAAGCUCUUAUAUAUUGUUCAAUAAACACUGAAAAUCUCAUUAAAUAAAUCAAAAAUGUGUUUAAACCAA